AUGCUACGUGUGCCUCCAUCAGCACCAGCACCGUUCCGAAUAAGAUCCGAUGUCGAUGACGAUGAUCCUUGCCAGGCGAAAAUUCUUUACCUUCUGAUGGGAGACUAUGUUGCAUAUCUGUCAUCGUUAGGAUUGCAGCUUCUGAAAGUGACAAAUCUGGAGCGAAGAAGUGAGGAACGCCGUAUGUACACGAUCAACUAUCCGCAAGGCUGCAAGCAUGCGCCAUACGUCGUGAUGUAUAGAGCAAUGAGAGGUUAUUCACUAACUGUUAUUUUGUAA